AUGGACUCUUGGCCCGCCAUAGACAACCAACAGAAAGUGAGUAUCCUAUUGUCGGUGAUCGGGGAACCAGCGCGCAAGAAAUUCUUCAAUUUCGAACUUACUAGUGCUCAGCUUGCCGAUCCGGAAGAGGCAUUAAAAGCAAUCAGAGGUAAAGUAACACCGAAGCGUAACGUGAUCCUGGACAGACUAGAAUUUUUCAGUGCUACGCAGUUUGCCCGUGAGUCAACCGAUGACUUUACAACGCGCCUUAAGAUAUUGGCUCAAAGUGCAAAAUUGGGAAAUGUGAAAGAAGAUCUCAUAACCUACAAAUUUGUAACGGCUAAUAAAUGGCCGCAGAUUCGCUCCAAAAUGUUGACCAUAACAGACAUAACCCUUGACAAAGCAGUCGACAUGUGCAGAGCGGAGGAAAUCACCAACGACAACGAACUGGAGUACGAGAUCGGAAAAAUUUUCGAUGAUUCAGAUCGCGGUUGUUGUAUAGCUGCAGAACUAGAUAUGAAAUUUUGUGGUGAGUGGAAAAAGAUCAAAUGUGAGCUGGACACUGGUGCCAAUACCAGCCUAGUUGGUCACAACUAUUUGGUGAAACUAAGCUUUGGUGGGAGUCCUAUCAAAGUACUGGGUCAAGUGAAGGUGCCUUGUAAGCGAAAUGGACGAAAAUAUACCUUGGUUCUACAAGUGGUUGAGGGUAGCCAUCGCCCAUUAUUGUCAGCAAAGGCAUCCAGAGUGCUUGGGUUCAUCAAAUUCUGCAAAUCAAAGAUCCCAGAUGCACACAAGGACUUGUUCACUGGGUACGGAAAGCUACCAGGUGAGGUCUCGUUGGAGGUUGACCAAUCUGUUCCACCAUCUAUUCAAACACCUCGUCGAAUUCCAAUCGCAUUGCGGGGUAAGCUGAAGGCGGAGCUGAAAAAAAUGGAGAAGGAAGGCAUUAUUACUAAAGAACCAACACACACCGAAUGGGUCAGCAAUAUACUAAUAGUGCAACGUGGGGAUCCGACCAAGCAGAGUAUCCGAGUUUGCCUGGACCCGGUCCCUCUGAACAAGGCACUCAAAAGGCCAAACCUGCAGUUUGUUACCAUUGACGAAAUUCUACCAGAACUUGGAAAGGCAAAGGUGUUUUCAACAGUUGAUGCUAAGAAAGGAUUCUGGCAUGUUGUUCUUGACGAAGCGAGUAGCAAAUUAACAACAUUCUGGACCCCUUUCGGACGAUACCGAUGGAUUCGGCUACCGUUUGGUAUUGCACCGGCUCCCGAAAUAUUCCAAAUGAAGCUUCAAGAGAUCAUCCAAGGCUUGGAGGGCGUUGAGUGCAUCGCGGAUGAUAUUCUGAUUUUCGGUAUAGGAGAUACGUUGGAAGAAGCUUUGGCAAAUCACACCAUGUGCCUCGAAAAGUUGUUCUAUCGAUUGGAAGAGCACAAUGUAAAGCUCAAUCGUGAGAAAAUAAACCUAUGUCAGACUGCCGUCAAAUUCUACGGACACAUUUUGACCGAUAAAGGCCUCCAGCCAGAUGCCAGCAAGAUUUCGACCAUUCGUAACUACCCGGUACCAUCGGACCGCAAGGAGGUUCAUCGUUUCAUCGGAAUGGUGAACUAUCUUAGCAGAUUUAUACCGAAUCUGAGUGCAAAUGUUUUCAAUUUACGAAAACUUGUUCCACCAUCACAGCCGUGGAAAUGGACAGCAACAGAAGCAGAAGAAUUUGAUCGAGUCAAAUCUAUGGUCUCAGAUAUCGGUACGCUUCAAUAUUACAACGUAAAUCAGCCGAUCAUUAUCGAAUGUGACGCCAGCUGCUUCGGAUUAGGAGCUGUGGUAUAUCAAAAAAGCGGAGUAAUAGCAUACGCAUCUCGCACUUUAACCGCCACCGAACGUAACUACGCACAAAUUGAGAAAGAGUUGCUGGCUAUUCUGUUCGCGUGUAUACGGUUUGAUCAACUAAUUGUUGGUAAUCCUAAAGCAAUAGCCAAAACGGACCACAAGCCGCUCCUCAGCAUCUUCAAGAAACCUUUAGAGAUUGAAAACUUGGAGUUGAAUCAGUUUUUGAGCAUCUCGGAUAGGCGGCUGAGUGAAAUAAUCGAAGAGACAGCGAAGGACCAGUCAAUGCAGCAGAUUAUCCAUUUUGUGAAAAAAGGUUGGCCAGAUUCAAUCGACGGAGUGCCCGAUACUGUAAAAAUUUAUCACAGCUGCCGUGUUGAGUUAACAACUCAAAAUGGGAUUAUCUUUAGAGGAGAUCGCAUUUUAGUGCCACAUAUCCUGCGUCGUAGGCUGAUUGACUCCUGCCAUGUGAGUCACAAUGGAAUCGAAGCAACACUCAAAUUGGCUCGAGCCAACCUCUUCUGGCCCGGCAUGAGCUCGCAAAUUAAGGAAGUAGUGAAGAACUGCGAAGUUUGUGGUGAUAAGAUAGUCGAGAGAAAGUAUCAACGCCUCCCAUUCGGUGUGCUAGAGUUCUAG